ACAAUUGUCAUUACACGUUGUUUUUCUACAAUUACAUCUCUCACAGCAACAAUCAAUUAUUUUUUUCAGAUAUUCAAAAUUUCAAUGCACGCAAUUAUCGAGGAGCACGUGAUGAUGUUUUGAUUGCAUCCACCAACCACUCUGUGCAAGUUGCAAGUUGUGCAUUUUCCGUGCCAAGUGCCAACAAGUCAAAGUCGUCACUCCCUGGCCGUCGGUACUUAUAUAUAUACGGAUUUAAAUUAGGAGAGAACGAUGACGUACCGAGUUUGCAGAACAUCAACCAGAUCUACCAGCGACUAAUGGACAACACUGACAUGAAUGACGACGCCGACGACGAGGAUUUCUAUGACAGCGAGUACGACGAGCAAGAUUUGGAGUUUGCGGAUUUUCUGAUGGAUGAGGAUGAGAACGAGAGCUGGCACACGAAUGACGACGACAACGAUGAUGACGAAGAAGACGACGACGACGACUACGAAGACGAAGAGUUUGAGGAUGGUGACUACGAUGAGGAUGAGGGUAAUGAUGAUAACAGUGGUGAGGACACAGAAGAAACGCCGAUGGACGAAGAUGACAAUAUGAGUGAAGUGAGCACCGUCUCCAGUGCUAGGUCCAGCCAAGCAGGUUCCAAUGUUGAGGCUGCCAAUCAGGUCCUCCCUCAGCCAGCUUUGCCACCCGCGUUACCACCAGUGCAACCGUCAUCGCUGAACCAGCAUCAAGAGAACGAUCCCGUCGAGAAUAUCGUUCAGUCUCACAAAAAAAUUAAAUUGGAUUUACCGGAACUAAUAGUACGACCCUUGAGUCCAGAUGACAUGAUAGAUGAUGACCAAAAAUGUCCAAUAUGCCUGGAAACCUGGACUAAUGCGGGCGAGCACAGGCUCUGCUCUCUGCGUUGUGGUCAUCUAUUUGGUAUGUCUUGCAUUAUCCAGUGGCUCAGCAGAACUCAAAAUGCCAAAAAUUGUCCAGAAUGCAAGGCUAAAGCAACGAAGAAAGAUGUCAGAGUGUUGUAUGCCAAAAAACUAAUAUGUAUUGACACUGUUGAAAAAGAAAAAUUACAAAUGCAGCUGAAUGAUGCAAAUGCAAAACAUAAAACUAUUGAACAAGAAUUAAGUCUUUAUCGCACUAAAGAAGAAGCAUAUCGUGCAGAAAUAUCUAAUAUGAAGCAAAAAAUUCACGAUCUUCAGAGUCAACUUGCAAUAAUUUCUGCUGAAAGAACGGCAUUAAACGUUACAAGUGAAAAUUCACAUCUAAGUAGAACUAAGAUUUAUGACAUUCAAGGUUCUUGCAGAGUGAUGGCUUACAAUCCAUGGAACAAAAUCUUAGCAAUUUCUUCUGACAAUUCUAUCAACAGAAUAUUCUUGGAACACAAUGUGACCUCUUUACCAGUCUGUGUUCACAGCAAUUCUAUCAGGGACAUUGCUUUUCAAGAACAACACCCAAAUUUCCUUCUAAGUGUUGGUUUUGACAAAAAAGUCAUACUGACCGACAUUCGUACAGCUUGUCUAAGCCACAGUUACAAGGAAGAGACCAAUUUAUGGAGUUGCUGUUGGUCAAAUUAUAACCAACAGGCGUUCUUUGUUGGCGGAGCUAAGGGUAGCGUAAUGGAAUAUGACAUCAGAUUUUUGCAAUCGAGUGUCUCGACAAAAGACCACGCCAAUGAUCACUCUCCUGUUGUGUCAUUGGCUUCGAUUCCAACUACUAGUCCAACUAUGCAUGCUGGAGGUUUCUUAGCUUGUCAGUUAAAUUCAUGCUAUGCAUACAGUUAUAAGGAAGGCAACUACAUGGGGAAUCAAAUUGAUGUUGAAGGUCCCUUUUUGUAUUUAAGAUACAACGAUAAAGACAACCACGUGUUGCUUUCUUGUCGACCAAAUGCCAAAAAUCCGACUAUACGUCACAAUGUUUGUACAAUAGAGAAAAGAGAUGAUCAAAUUAAAUUUAAUGCUGUGCAUUCGUUUAAUGGUGGGAGUAUGCAAAAAUUAUUAUCAAGACCAUGUUACAUGAAUCUACCAAAUGAUACGUUAGUCAUUGCUAACAAUGAUAGUGAUAAAAGUCUAUUGGGAUGGAGUAUAUCUACUGGUACCGAAUCCUUUAAGCUUCCAAUGGCUGAAGAGGUGCUUGACAUGUGCUCUUUCGAAUAUGACGGCACACGCCAAGCUGUUCUAACGAAAAACAAACUACAUCUCUUCAAACACAAAAGCACGAGUACUUAGCAUCCAGGUUUACAAUGUAAGCCAUGUUUGUAAAUCUAAAUUGAGUUGGUGAUACUCUAAACUCUGUGACAUAAACUGUAUAUAUGUAUUGAUUAAUAAUGUUUAUAAAUGAAGUAUGUACAUUUAUUAACUGUAAACUAAAUUUUUCCGUUAAAAUCCUUGACAUGUUUUUCUAGAUAUUAAGGUUUUAAACGACAAAAGUCGAAUUCUAAAUUAUCAAUACUUGUGUCACACUUCAAAUUGCUGGUAAUGCAUUUUAUAAAUUUUUCCUCGUUACCAAAGCAGUUAAUUAGAAAUUUUAUAUUUUGUAGUACAAGACUGUACAU